AUGCAGUCGAAAGUGAUAAGUGACAAUUCCAAUAAUUCCGACGAUGAGGACGUCACCGACUGGCGUUCGUUGGCUAUCGCGAGCGUGAUUUCACUUUUCACUGCCAUACAAUUUACCAUUUAUUUCUCUUCGUUAUGGCCAUAUCUUCUGCAACUCGAUCCCGAUGCUACAGAGACAUUUUUUGGAUGGAUCACUGCUGUGUACAGUCUUGGACAAGCAAUAAUGUGUGUUGCCUUUGGCUAUUGGCAGAAUCGCAUCAAACAGAGCCGCAUACCGAUACUCGCAGGGAAUACGGCCGCCCCAGCAUGCAACAGUCCAUCUCGAAAAACUGCAUGGAUGAAAACCCUCAGCAAGAGAUGA